AUGUCUCGGAAUCAAGCUUACGCAGGAACGUAUAAAUGCAACUACAAAAUGGUGUGGCUUUACGUGGCAGCCAGCAACAUAUCCAUGGAGCAGAAACCUCGAGAAACAUCGCGGGAGCUCUCUUUUCGUGUUGGCACGGCUGUGGCGGCGUUCAGGCUUGGACCGAAAACAAAUGAAUCUCACAGAAUACAAAGUGCAGAGCACAUGCGUAGCGUUAUCGAGCUGCGCAAAAAGCAGUUUCGACGUCGUAGCCUGAGUUUCCCGUCUUGCCUGCGCGGAGCCAGACGCCGCGGCGGCGCGCAUGAAGCGGCUUACGUCCUCGUCAGCAACCAUCCAAAAACCCCGUUCUUUCUGCCUCUCUCGGCGUUUUACCGCACAACGAUUUUGUUUGUUUCCCAGGAGAGCCAAGAACUGCAGACCAGGCAGCCUGCGUAUCAAACCUGUUGCAUUCGACAGGCCGCUCUGGGGAUUAAGGCUCUCACAGGCUCCCCAGCAACCUUGAGCCAGCAAACCGGCAGUCUGUCCCGUUUCUUCGCGAAGGCGUCAACUCCAGCGAGCCCUGCUCCCGGCCGCACAGUUGACGAGGUUGCCAAGACUGUCCCAAGGGCGGUCCUAGGCAAAGGCAGCAAGCUCCCGGCCGAAACUGGCAAACUCGAGGGCUCCCUCCUGCCGCCGCCUCACAUCCCAGGCAUUCGCCGCGCGCCCCGAGAGCCCGCGACGCCGAGGAUGGCGGGCAUGGAGGGUCGCAUGCCGAUCCGCCUCCCAGCUGAGGGCACGCGCUUCCGCAAAUACAUUGACCCGCGGGCUGACUACUUCUUCCCGCUGACGGCGGCCUUCGUGGCCGUGGGGCCCUUGUAUAUGUUCUCGAAAGCAUUCUUCUGA